CUCUUUUCAAUUUCCGUAGCAUUCUAAUUAAUUUUCUAAACCCCCAAAUUCCAUUGCUCAGCUCUGCAAUUCCAAAAACCCUUCUUUCUCAUUGAAUUUCACAUCUGCACAUACAAUUAUACAUAUACAAACCUCUAUACACACAAACACACGCACUAGCACGCUUCAAAAUGGAUGAUGGAGAUGGGGGUUUAAGCUUUGACUUCGAGGGCGGGUUGGAUUCGGGGCCCGCGCAUCCGACUGCAUCCGUGCCCGUAAUCCAAUCGGCGUUGGAUUCCAAUGCGGCUGCGGCCGCCGCCAAUUCUCACAAUCCUUCGGCGGUUCCCCAUCCGGCGGCGCAUGCGGCGGAGGGGUUGGGAGGCGGCGGGGCGAGGAGGAGCUUCAGGCAGACGGUGUGCCGGCACUGGCUGCGAUCUCUGUGCAUGAAAGGCGAUGCCUGUGGGUUCCUUCAUCAGUACGAUAAGUCGCGGAUGCCGGUUUGCCGGUUUUUCCGCCUCUAUGGGGAGUGCCGUGAGCAGGAUUGUGUGUAUAAACAUACGAAUGAAGAUAUCAAGGAAUGCAAUAUGUACAAGCUAGGAUUUUGUCCAAAUGGUCCUGAUUGUAGGUAUAGGCAUGCAAAGUUACCUGGACCUCCACCCCCUGUAGAAGAAGUUCUUCAGAAAAUUCAGCAAUUGGCUUCAUAUAACUACGGAAACUCAAACAAAUUUUCUCAGAACCGUAAUCCUAUAUAUGCUCAACCGGCAGAAAAAUCUCAGUUUCCACAAGGACCCAAUGGUAUACAUCAAGUAGGAAAACCUGGUACUACAGAACCUGGUAAUGCUCAUCCACAGCCACAACAAACACAGCAGCUUCAGCAGCAGGGCAGCCAAGUUCAAAACCAGAUUACAGCCAACGGCCAGCAAAGCCAAGCUAGUAGGACUGCUAUACCCCUGCCCCAAGGAACUUCUAGGUACUUUGUGGUGAAAAGUUGCAACAGAGAGAAUCUGGAACUAUCUGUACAACAAGGUGUAUGGGCAACACAGAGAAGCAAUGAGGCUAAACUUAAUGAAGCAUUUGAUGCUGUUGACAAUGUGAUUUUGAUCUUUUCAGUUAACAAGACUAGACAUUUUCAGGGUUGUGCAAAGAUGAUUUCCAGAAUUGGUGGAUCCGUAGGUGGAGGGAACUGGAAGCAUGCCCAUGGGACUGCUCAUUAUGGACGUAACUUUGCUGUCAAAUGGUUGAAGCUCUGUGAACUAUCCUUUGACAAAACUCGGCAUUUGAGAAACCCAUAUAAUGAGAACUUGCCAGUAAAGAUCAGUAGAGACUGUCAAGAACUUGAGCCUUCUGUUGGCGAGCAGUUGGCAUCAUUGCUCUACCUCGAACCCGACAGUGAUUUGAUGGCUGUCUCGGUUGCGGCUGAGCAGAAGCGUGAAGAGGAGAAAGCUAAGGGAGUAAACCUUGAUAAUGGAAGUGACAACCCAGAUAUUGUUCCCUUUGAGGACAAUGAAGAAGAGGAAGAAGAAGAAAGUGACGAGGAGGACGAAAGCCCCGGGCAGGGUUUUGCAGGUCAAGGUCGGGGACGAGGUAGAGGUAUGAUGUGGCCCCCUCACAUGCCUCUUGCUCGUGGUGCUCGUCCGUUCCCCGGCAUGCGAGGGUUCCCUCCAAACAUGAUGGGAAGUGAUGGAUUCUCAUAUGGUCCUGUAAAUCCAGAUGGUUUCCCAAUGCCUGAUCUCUUUGGCAUGGCGCCCCGUGGCUUUGGACCGUACCCUAGAUUCUCCGGUGAUUUUGCAGGUCCAGCCUCCGGGAUGAUGUUCCCGGGCCGGCCGCCUGCCGGUGGAUUCGGGAUGAUGAUGGGUCCCGGACGGCCUCCCUUUAUGGGCGGAAUGGGCGUCGGAGGCGCAGCUAGAGGCAGCAGGCCGGGAGGUAUGCCCCCUUUUUAUCCGCCACCACAGCAACAACAGCCUUAUCAAAACCCGGGUCGUUCGAAAAGAGAUCAGAAAGCACCAUCUAGCGAUCAGAACGAGAGCUCUGAUCAAGCCAAGGGGCAAGACAUUGCUGGACCUAAUGAUGAAGGGCGGAAUCAGCAAAGGGGGAAAGCUCAGCAAGAUGAUCACUAUAGCGGUGGGAACAGCUACCGGAACGAUGAGAGCGAGAGUGAAGAUGAGGCCCCAAGGCGGUCGAGACACGGUGAAGGGAAGAAGAAGAGGCGGAGCAUGGAGGGAGAUGGUACCGCUGUCUCAGUCGAGAACAUAUAGCCGUGAAGUUUCUACAUUUUGGAAACAAACUUGUGUUUGUAACUGAAGAACGUGUGACAUAGGUUUAAUCACAAACACACAUUUCUUGAAUCGAGGAAAAAUUGGAAUUUUGAGGACUCAUUUAUUCUCCA